AUGACUGAUCUCAUUUCCGUCGAGGAACCCACGAAAUGGGGCAAAGCCACCGAGACCUCAGCAACUCGCUACAGUCGCACCAAUGCACCGCAACAUGGGUUGGGCAAUAGCCUCAGCACCAUGAUGAAGAUAUCAGAAGGCCAACACGUCCUUGUAACCGCCUGCGGCCCCGGAAGCGACGCUCUCGCCAUCGCGCGAAUCGUAGGCCAGUCCGGCAGAGUCGUAGGGUUCGAUCUGGACAAACACAGCAUCGACCGGGCUCGGGAGGCUCUAGAAAAACACCCAGACCUCAAGCCAUAUGUGCAGUUUCAUGUCGCCGACGCGCACGAUCUCUCCAUGUUCGCAGGACAGACGUUCGAUGCCAUACAUUGCAACGCGUCAUAUCACUGGUUCACCAACAAGCCUCUUUUCCUUGCGCAAGUUGCGACUCUCGCAAAGCCUGGCGCUGUUAUUGGAAUCGCGACCCAGGACCGCAACUUCCAGCCGCCCAUGCUGGAUAUUCGAACCGAAGUAUUGGCGGAACUCGGUGAGAAUGCAACCGACUUCAUAUUCCAUCCGACUCCAACAGAAAUGCGACGUGACCUAGGCGCCGCUGGAUUCGGCGAUGCGAAGCUAUUAGGAUACUACGGCACGUAUGUGCUCGAGAGCGCGGAGGCCAUGUGGAAUUGGGUGAACGACAGCUCGGGCAAUCGAUUCGGUAAUUACUUGGAGGAAGGGAAGAGGGAGCGGAUGAAGCAGAUGAUGCUGGACAGGUUUGGCGGGUUGGCUUUGAAGGACGGAAAGGUGGUGAUGCAGUUCAAGCACAUUGUUGCAAUGGGGCACUAUGGUCGUUGA